AUGAAGGCGGCGGAUGCGACAAACACGCUAUCGAAGAGGGAGUUAUCUGAACUAGCUUUGGGUGUGCGGGAGCUGUCGAAACAUCUAGGCUCAGCUCGCAUGAAACUGCGUAUACGGAACAUCCUGAUCGUCACGAAGGACAGUGAUCACUCCCUCGUCCCACUAACCCGGGACGUAGCAACCUGGCUCCUCUCCCAACACGUGCAACCAUCCUCCACCUCCUCGUCCUCCUCCCAACCCCACCAAAACCACAACCACUCGUCCUCAAGCAAAUCAAAGGGCCUAAACGUCUACGUCAACCACCAAUUCGAAAACUCACCCAACUUCGACGCAGCCGGAAUCCUAGCCGAAAACGGAUCCUAUCACAACCGCCUAAAAUUCUGGACACCCGAACUCUGCGCAAGACACCCCCACCUCUUCGAUUUCGUCGUCACGCUCGGCGGAGACGGAACAGUCCUCUUCACAUCCUGGUUAUUCCAACGUGUCGUACCACCGGUGUUGUCAUUCAGUCUUGGUUCGUUGGGGUUCUUGACAAAAUUCGAUUACGCAGAAUUCCGGGAAACCCUCACAAACGCAUUCAACGACGGGGUAACCUGCUCCCUCCGCAUGCGUUUCGAAUGUACCGUCAUGCGCGUCCGCCGUGACCCUACCUCCAACCAACCUCUCUUCUCGACCGGCGACAUCGACCACGACAUCCUCCAACACCACAACAGGUGCGUCGACGGCGGAGGCGAAGUGGGCGAGGAGACGCAUGAACCGACAGAGAGUUAUAGCGUGUUGAAUGAUUUGGUGGUGGAUCGGGGACCGAAUCCGUUUAUGAGUAGUACGGAGUUGUAUGGGGAUGAUCAGCAUUUGACGAGUGUGCAGGCGGAUGGGUUGUGUAUUGCCACGCCGACGGGGUCGACUGCAUACUCCUUGUCAGCAGGAGGCUCGCUCGUCCACCCCGAAAUCCCCGCCAUCCUAAUCUCCCCAAUCUGCGCGCACACCCUCUCCUUCCGCCCCCUCCAGGUCCCCGACUCCAUGACGCUCCGUAUUGCUGUCCCCUUCGACUCACGCUCCACCGCUUGGUGUUCCUUCGAUGGACGGAAAAGGGUGGAGUUGAAGCAGGGGGAUUAUGUACAGUUGAGUGCGAGUCGGUUUCCGUUCCCGACGGUGUUGAGGAGUAAGCAGAGUCAGGAGUGGUUUGAGAGUAUUAGUCGGACGUUGAAUUGGAAUGACAGAAAGAAGCAGAAAUCGUUUUCGUAG